UUGUCGUUUUUGUAAGUUUGUGUGGUUUGGCGUCGGUGCGUAUGUCGGCGCGCAUUUUAUUUACAUUCACGGAGAAUUCAAGAAUUUCAACAAAGAAAUAACUAAAUUGACGAAUUUAAUAGAAUAUACAACACAUAAAUAAUGUCUGAAGAUGGAGAAUAUGAGGCCCAUGAAGAUAACACAAAUUACAAAGCCAUCAGCUGUGAAAAGAUACCGGAACUUUUCCUCGACAAAUUGGUGGCAAAGAAAUAUUUCAGUAAAUAUGGCAAAAUCAGUCGCUUUAUCCUGAAACCCAAGCGUUUAAGCUGCACAGUUGAGUAUGAGAAUGAAGAAGAUGCCGAAAGGGCCUAUAUGGAGGCCGGCGAAUUCAAUGGCAUUGAAUUCGAAGUGAAUUAUGCUGAAAAUAAACCACCUCAGGUUCAGAGUACCGAAGAAUGGGUAGAUCCCGAUGUCCAGUCUGAAUUGGAUGCCAUGAAUCCCGGGCAUCGCAACUUAGGUGGUGGUGCUAGCAAUACGGCAAAUAGUGGCCCAGGUGCUAUGAGAUCAUUGUUCGGUGUGCCAGCAGCGCCAAAAUUAACAACACUAACCCGCCAACAAGUUUCAAAACCACCGAGUACCAUCUUACCCAUAGCCAAGCCAGUAAAAAUGCCGACAACUCGUGUAGAUUCUCCACAACCGGAAAUACCAAAAAUUGACAGCUCAGUUCGCAGUGAAUUGGAAGCUAUAUUAAGAAGACCCGCCUUUACAGAUGAGGACAAAUAUCGUGUGCUGGAUGCUCGCGAUAAACUAAUACGUUUGACAACUGUCCGCCAGACAGACAUUAAAAAGGCUGUAGCAACGAAGGGUACAUGCCCCGAUAUGUGUCCGGAAAAGGAGCGACUUAUGCGCGAGUUUCAGAGGCAGGUCUCCACCUUUGAAAUGGACGCUGAUGAAAAUUCCCAGUCGACGAUAUGCCACAGGAAAGCAAUUAAAGAAUAUUCCCGCAGUAGUGCCGAUCAGGAGGUACCAUUAUCACACGAAUUACGCUCAGAAUCCGUGCUGCAAAUGACCAUGCUAUAUUUAAUGCAUCGCAUUAUGGAUCUGUGUGAUGAUCCGCAAACCUCAUUAGGUGAUUGGUUUCAUUUUGUAUGGGAUCGUACCCGUUCAAUACGCAAAGAUAUCACCCAACAAGAAUUGUGUUCUUUGGGCGCCGUACAAUUGGUAGAACAAUGCGCCCGUUUUCAUAUACAUUGCGCCGCUCGCCUGGUUGCAGAAGAUCCUUCAGUAUUCGAUAAGAAGAUAAAUGCCGAGAAUUUAACAAAAUGUCUACAAACCUUAAAGUACAUGUAUCAUGAUUUGCGUAUUAAGGGAGUUGAAUGUCCUCGCGAGGCAGAAUUUCGUUCGUACAUUAUUCUCUUGAAUUUGGGAGAUUCAAACUUUUUAUGGGAAUUAAAACAGCUGCCCGAAGCCAUACAACAAUCAUCGGAAAUCAAAAGGGCAAUUUCCUUCUACAAUGCCUUGCAGAAUAAUAACUAUGUGAGGUUUUUCUCGAUGAUACGUUGCGAGAAGACGUCCUACCUGGAAGCUUGUAUUCUAUUGGGUUAUUUUAAUCGCCUGCGUUUACGGGCCAUGGAAGUUAUUAUCAAAUCUCAUAAUUGGCGUAAAAAUGAUGUUUUCCUACCGCUAUCAUAUUUGACUCAUGUCCUGGGAUUUGAUGAUGAAUCGGCAGCUAUAAAUUUCCUGGGAUAUCAUGGUCUACAAUGUGAUGAACUGGAGGAUCGUGUGCUGUUAGAACGUAUCCAAAUGCCGGAUAUGGAAUUUUCCAUGGAUCGGGCAUUAAAGCUUGUGGAAUCGAAACGUUUGGUCUCCGUGGGUGAAUGUAUAUGCGGUGAUUCCUUGCCUUCCUCAAAAACCUUUGAAGAUCAUCAAACCCAUUCCAGUUUUGAUGCCAAUGGUUUGUUGCGUGCGGAUGCCUGGUCAGCCCUCGAUCAAUUACGUGGUGAGGAGGCCCAAAAGAAAUUGGCGGAAAGAAGAGAAGUCAUUCCACAAAACAAACAACCCAUAUCCAUUACCACCACACCAGCCUCAGGAUUUCUCAAACCAACUGAUAAUAUUUUUAAAAUGCCACAGGCUUCUCCUCCCAUUUCGCCCAAACAAUCACUGCUAAAGAAACCGACCACUCAAACCAUUCCGGAACAACCGGUAAAAUCAAUAUUUGGUUCCAUACCCAGCAAUGAAGAAAGCAGGAGCUCCUCACCGGGUGGAUUUAAAUUUGGUGGGAAUAUUUUUGGUGGCACUGCUACUGUCGCAACAACAAAUACAACGUCUGCAACCACUUUUAAACCUGUACAAGAAUCAUCCGCAGGAGGAGCAUCUAUUUUCAAGAUACCUCCUGCCACAGCACCUCAAGCAAAUACAAAUUUAUUUCAAACUUCCAUAUUCAAGCCAACAGCCGAAAAACCUGCGGUAGUGGCUUCGGGAAAUAUUUUUGGUGGUUUUAAGGCCACAGAAAAUAAACCGGUGGCCAGUAGCACCAAUAUUUUUGGUAGUGCUGCUAAGGAAACUGCCAAUAUUUUUCAACAGCAACAACAACAGCAAACCAACAUUACAGCCAACUCUAACUUCCAAACCGACAAUGUGUUUCAACAUUUCCAAACCAAACCUCAAAUGUCAAUAUUUGGAGAAGCUGCCAACAACUUGUCAUCUCCGAAAGAUUCGUCUAAUUUAUUUUCAUUGCCACAAAAACCUGCUCCUUUAUCCUCGGCUCAAGAGAUGGAACAACGAAAAUUACAACUUGAAAAGGAGCAUGAAUUGAAACAGAAACAACUCGAAGAGGAGAGGCGGAAAUUAAAGGAGUUGGAGGAGAAACGUCUUCGUGAAAAACAAGUAAAAGAGCAACAGAAACAAAGGGAACUGGAACGCCAACACAAGGAAGAACUUCGAAAAACAUGUCUUAAAAAGGCCAAUGAAGAAACUCAGGCUAUCAUGGCCAUGGUCUUACAGGAGGAACUGGAACAAAUUGCCCGCACGGAGUUGCGCAAGUAUCAUAUGAUUCAACAGGGAUCUCAGCUACAACUGGAGUCCCUCUUGGGGGAUGUUGUACAGAAUUUAGUGGAGGACAUUGCCCAUGAAGAAUAUGCUGUCAUGUGUUAUGAUCAGCUUUUAUUGAAUCGGUACUUCAAUCGCUGGCUUAUGCAUUUGCGCAAGAAGCGGGAACAGCGUAAGCUUAUGGAAAGUACUCCGAUUUGGGUGACCACCAAUACCAGAUCCGAAUUUGCCCAGGCUUUGGAACAUCCCUGUCAAGACAGUAAUUUGGAAAUGAUUAAACGCUAUCGUUUGGGCCAACCUUGUGAUUUUAAACAGCUAAUGCGGCUGGGCAAGCAUUCGCCAUUGGCCGAGACCCAUCAGACCCGGCCUUUGUGUUUCUUCACCCUUGUCGGCCGCCAUUUGUUGUCGAAACAAAAUCUCACCCCUGCCGGCCUUUUGCAGCAAAGGCAAUAUUUUAAAUUUCUCAUAAGUAUACCCUCGGACAAGGAAGAGCUACCGGGUUUCGAAACAUUCUGCAAUAAAUGGCUUUUGAAGCAUGUGCGAAAAGCCCAACUGGAAACGGGACCAUUUGUCCAUGGCCUAGAGAACAACAUGGCAUUGUGUGUGCGGAAAUUAAGUGGCAUCUAUGCCCACAAUGAGCAAGGAGAUGAAAUGCGUAACGAAGGUGACCACAGUGAUGGGGUGGUUUUCAUCCUCAGUGGUGAGGAGUUUAAUUCACGGGCACGUAGACGCCUCUAUAAUCUAUUGAAGAAUUCUAAAAACUUCAAAAAGAUUCCCCUGGCCAUUAUAGCCUACAAUUGUUUAAUGCGAAAGGAGCUCGUUGCAGAAAUGUUGGAUCUCGAGACGCUGGAAGACGAGGAUAUGGUGUGCAAGUACAAAAUAUUGGGUAACGGUGUGAGUAGAAAAGAUUUUAGUUUUCGUAAAGCCAUUAAGGAUGCCAUAGAUUUCAUAGCCAUAGAAAGUUAUAAGGAAAACUGUCAAGAAUCGCAAGCAUUGGCCAUGGAAAAGGUUUUAAGUUUCUUGGAUGCCUCACUGGGUGAGGAGAUAUUCUAUAGAUGGCAAGAAUCGGCCAGAAUUAAUCCAGUAUUUCAAAAAAUCUGUCAAAAUCCUGAACAUGUCAAGGGCAUUUAUCACAAGGCCUUGGAGCAAUUGAUACACAUUACCCAAGAAGAUUUUUCCGAAAUGCCAGAAUUUCCUGAAGAACUAAAAGAAUUUGUGCCGCAGCAAAAUGAUAAUAUAAAUAUACCACUGGGCUUGGAAUUUUUCCCGGCAGAUUGGAAAAAAGAUACAGGGAAGAAGGCGAUUUAUAAAUUUCUCAAGAAACUCCAGCUGCCACCUAUGAAUGGCAUGUCUCCACCUGCCACGAAUUUGGAAGAAUUGGAAUUGUGGAUUUUAAAUUAUGCCUCAGCGUGUUUACCGCACGAUGACAUACUGGCCACCAAAGUUGCCCACGAAUCCAUUUCCAAUGUAAUACAACAACUACGACAACUAACAAUGCAAUACCAAUUGACGACCGACGCAACAAUGAAAUAUCUAAACUAUUUGACAAUUUUAAAACCCAUAGUAUUUGCCUAUAUUAACAGACAUCUAAAGGAGUUCUGCGAAGAAUUAAAAACCACUCCCGUAAUCUAUAUAAAACGUGACCUUUACAAUUAUCAAACCCAGCCAUGGUGGCUCAACUAUCAAGCUUUGGAUAUGGUGAACUUUGAUUAUAGCUCCCCGCCAUCAAAUGAACAAAUCGCCGAGGAGGAGACACUUCAGGAUGACCAAAAGGAAAAUGAUUUUACCACACAACAGCUGGAAGAAAUCAUUGCCAAGGCUGAGCAUACUUCACGCAAAGUAGAAAACAAUCUAAUGGCCAUAAAAGACAAAAAGAAAAUCACAAUAUCUCUGCCCACCAAUCCAAACAAACAAGGAGCGAAUAUUCAGCUUAAACGUAACCUAGAUGAGUCGCUCUAUAAGUUUGAAUUGUCCAAGAAAUUGGGUGAAUUCGAUACCAGUUAUAUUGAGAAUUUAACUCAGGACAUUGAUAAUUCCAUACAUGAAGUCCUGCUCGGUCAUGAUGAGAAUUCCGAGAACAACAACUCACCCGAAGGACCAAGAAAACGCAAACGUCUAUCGCCGUUGAAAAAUCAAAAUCACAAUACACCGCCACAAGCCAGGAGCAAUAACAAAGUAGAUGAUAUUAUUGCCCGUGCCAUGCAACUGAUACAGAAGGUCGAUGCCAUGGAUGAUCGACGAAAGAAAAUCACGGUUUCAAACAAAUUUCGUUGUGGAAUUUGAAAGGGGAGUUUUGUUGGAGUGGCGAUCGAUCGAAUGCACAUUGUGUUUUGUUUUCUUUUAUUUGUUGUACAGUUUUAUUUUUUAUUUGCGAAUCGAAAUAAAUGUAAUUAUUUACUAAUUAUU